CGUGCAGGAUCAAGUCAUCUGGCUUAAUCACUAAAUCAUCGUAACAGAGCACAUUUUCAACAGUUGACGGGUCGAAGACAGUGACUAGUCUAGAUCAGUCGAGGUUAAAUUUUCUCCUGCAACCGCAACCAGGUACAGGGCCAACCAGUGGAAUACAAGUUACACAACCGGGCCAUCCGGAUUUCACUUUUGGAUGCAACUUUCCUCAGUAUGCAAUCUGGAACUAAAAGCAAAUAUCGCUUACAGAUGAUCAACCUUCAAAUUACCUUGACGAGGUGGUGUCGGUCAACGGACCAUCGGUGAGCUCGGAUCACUUGAUAGUUCUAGAGAUGUCCUUGCAACAUAGCUAGACUUUCUUCGUUCCUUCAUAAGACACAUUUACUCCUCACAAGAGCAAGGAGGCCAAUAACAGUCCUAUGGCUAAGACAUUCUUUGACAGUUUAUAUUAUUACUCUCUGCAGGCCCUCACAGGUUCUACGGAACGAAGCUUAUUUACGCGGUAUUGAUCGAUUUACCUUUGCACCUCAAUGGAAACGACACAAAUGUUUCCCGAUCAAAUGGAAGACAGUGGUAGUAGCUGAUCCUGGCGUACGCGCCUCAUUUGAACGCUUCGACUUGGAUCAUUUCUGACCCUUCCUGUUUGCAAAAUGUUUAAAGCGGCCGCGCCUGGUUCUCAGCUCGCAAGACCCAACCUCCGUCCUGCUUGCUAUCAUGGAGCAUACGGCGUCUGAUACCUCUGUUGAUAGUACUUAUGGGUGUCUAUUCCUUGCUGGAAUAUUUUCUUCCGUUCUGUGGGGAGGCUGUUGUCUUCAACUGUAUUACUACUAUGAGAAAUAUUGGAAGACAGAGAAGCUCUGGCUCAAGUUGUACACCCUUGUUGUAUGGAUACUCGAUGUAGUUCAUCAAAUCCUUCUAAUGAAGGCAUUGUACAUGUACUUUGUGAAGGAGUUUGGUAACUUUGAGUUUAUAACUCGCCCACAACAUCUUAUCUUUGAUGAGGCUCCAAUCUCUGCAGUAAUCAACGCAAUGGUGCAGAGCAUCUUCGUCGCUCGCGUGUGGCACUUGAGCAACAAGAGCAAAUUGUUGACUGCCUUUCUGAUAAUUCUCAUAGCAGCCCAGUUUACGAUCACGUUGGUCUACUUUGGACAAAUUUACAACUUUACCGAUUUUGCACAACUCUUCUCCGUCUUAAACACCGAGCGUGCUAUGAAUGCACAAGUCGUUGUUACUGACACCUGUAUCGCUACCUCAUUAAUCGUUCUUCUGUGGAGAAGCCGAUCCGGAUUCAGGAGGACAGAUUCGAUUAUUAAUCGGCUUGUCAUGUACACGAUCAGCACAGGGCUACUAACCAGUCUUGUCGGCGUUGUUGGUCUGGUCGGUGCACAAGUACAACCCGCUUCCCUUAUUUAUCUGCUCGCAGAUCUCAUUAUGCCGAAAACUUAUGUCAAUAGCUUGCUUGCUACUUUGAACGCUCGCUCAGGUCUUCGCAACCGACUUACUGAAGACCAAGGUCUCCAGAGUAUACACUUGGAAAAUCUUGCUUCUAUUCGCAACGGCUCUUCUAUUAACUCAAAUGUUGGAUCCCGCAAGAUCUCACGAUCGCGAGGGAUUGAGUGCAGAGUAGAAAUUGACGGCUUGGAGGGAACGUCGUCCAAGCCUGACUUCGGUGCGAGUGCAAGUGGUCCUGAAGCUGUCUGAUGUUCUAUUAGCAAUAAGUUAGACAGUUGCUUUGUUGUAUAUAAUCUAGCCAAACAGAAGAGUCAAAAUACC